CAAAAUUCUUUAUAAGCAUCGUCUAGUGCUACUCUAGGUAAAUUGAUCGAGUGUUGAGCAGGUAAGUGGCUCCUGAAUUCUGACUCUGAUUACAGAAUCCCAGAAACCAAAAUAUUUGAAUCUACAUUAUUAUCUGAAAAUCUCUUUAGAAGGAAAUAUCUUAAUAAUUAUAAUAAUUAUAAUAAUGAUAAUAUAAAAUGUCCGGUUUAUAAUAGCAUUUGGAGGGUGAUUUCUGUCCGUUUCCAAUUGUAUCAGCACAUAUUUACAUAAUACCAAGAGAUUUAAUAUUAUCCAGCCAAGAUUUAUUACAGUUCUGGCACCAGCAUCAGAUAUCUCUGUAAUGUUACAAACUGCAACCACCUCAAAUCAUGAGUGUCAACAUAGCAUGAAAGACAUACGGUGUGAUGACUGCCAAAUGUAUUCUAUGCUUAGUGAAUCACCGGCUUAAAGCUUAUUAUGUCACAUGUUAAUUAAGGUUACAAUUACUUAAACUGCUGGUAAUGAACAUGCCCGUUAUCUGAGUCCGAAUACAAAGUAUGUUUAUUUGCACUUAGAUUAAAGGCUCACUAUAGUAACCAAAACCACUACAGCUUAAUGUACGGUAUACAGCGUAAUGUAUAAUAUACAGCUUAAUGUACGGUAUACAGCUUAUUGUAUAAUAUACAGCUUAAUGUACGGUAUACAGCUUAUUGUAUAAUAUACAGCUUAAUGUACGGUAUACAGCUUACUGUAUGGUAUACAGCUUAAUGUACGGUAUACAGCGUAAUGUAUAAUAUACAGCUUAAUGUAGUUGUUCUGAUUUCUAUAUCCUGUCUCUGCAGGCCUUCCAAUGUAAAUGCUGCCUUUUCAGAGUUAAGGCAGUGAUUACAUUGCAGCCUAGUCACUCAGACUGCCACUAGAGAUGCUUCCCGGGUCAGUGUUGCAGUGUGCAGCACUAGCAUUACCCAUCUCUACGCUCUACAUGGAAGCGCUGAUGGUUCCCCCAUAUUGAUUCAAUGUAUCCAUAUGAGAAAAUGCUGAUUAGCCAGGGCUGUGUUUUCCCCUACAAUAGCCUCCCAAUGCUUUCUUAUGGGGAAGUAUUAGAUUGGCUGAGAGCUUUAAAUUUGAAGAUUUCGGUCAUGAAGGCAGAGCGAGGUGGAGUAAAAUCAUCUAUUUAAAGUAAAGCGGGGGGCCGGGGCCUAUAUAGUCAUUUUACCACUAUAGUGUCAGGCACAAAUGUUUCUGCUCUUACUCUAAAAAAUCCUUUGAAGCACCAGGAGGUCAUGGCUUCAUUAUCAAAUGUCACUAAGUGCCCUGAGUGGUGUUUUAAUAUUUUAUUUUCCAUUUCCAGACAUGGCAGUCCGUGGAGUUCUCGUCCUGUGUUUGUGGAUGGUCGUGUGUUGCAGUAAGUAUUUAUACCAAUCAAAAGAAGAUGGCGAACUUAACAUUGUAAGCAAUAAUAUUUAUAGGUUAGUGAUAUUCUGGAGAACAAAUGUCAGCCAGCUUGAUGGGAGUUACAAUCCUUACCUGUCAGAGGGCAACAGUCUGUCUAUCAUUUGUUCCACAUUGAAUUUAACAUAUAAAGACUUAUAAGUCCAGGUUGUGUGAAUGUUCAUAUCUUUUUUUUAUUGUUUAUGAUUUCUUCAUAACAUUUUUGUUAGUUUUUGGAAACAGCAAUAACAUAACCAAAAUUAAAAUUCAGACCUUAGGAUAAGAAUACGUGAUAAGGAAGAGUAAGAGAAGCAAGUAAUUAAAUAAAUCUGUUUUUUCAAGGUUCAAGGGGAAAGCUUAGAAGUCGCCUCUCAAACAUUUUACUAAUUGUCAUUUUGUUUGAGUGGUAUAUGCUAGUUAAGCUUGAGAUAUUUGAGAAAAAGAUCCUUUGGGUGCAAGCCUGUAGACAUUCCCCUAUUAUAUUUAUAUGAAUAAUGAUUAUAUAAUUUUAAGUAAAAAUAUAAGAAGUGUGGAAGCACUUUAGUAUUGAGACCAAGCACUUAUGGGCAACUUUGGGAACAGUUUCAUAUCUAACAUGGUGCAGCAAUCAACUGACUCGUUUGGCCUUCAGAGCAUCGGGGUUAGUGAUCAGUUCAGCUAUGGCUUACCAGGAUCCUGGAAAAAAAGGUAAAACAGACCUAAAAAGAUUUAAUUAUGGCAGAGGGGAAAAUGCACUUCUGUUGGAUAGGGCUGAACCCAUUGACUUCAGAGCGCCAUCUCCCUCUCAUCUUGCUCAUCUUAGUCCAUUGUUUAAUACAAUAAUUGGAGAUCUUAUUUGCGUUGUCCCACCACGUCUGUUGAAUUUCUAUUAAAACAACAAAAUGUGUAUUUGUUAUCUAAAAUAUAUAUUAAUCAUUUUAAAACAAAAACACAGAAAAUUAGAUUUUAACUCAGAUGUUUUUAGAACCAGGUUGUACGGUUGUUUUUAGAUUACUUUCCCCAAAUUCUUGGCUUGUAGGGCCAUGGUUGGACAAGCCUGACUAGAUGUACUGUGUUUGCUUUGACUUCCAUUUUUUUCUGCUGUUCUUCAGGGCUAUAAACCAAGUGCCUUCUAGGUUAAGACUCUUGUAGGUGGCUACAAGUUCCUGAUGCGUACAUAAGCCAACAGGAAGUCAGAAAUCGGCAAGGAAGCAAUCACAUACAAAUCGCACAUUCCAAUCAGAGAAUAUAUUUACUAUAUUUUAGAACUGUGAAAAUACAUUUAGGCCAGAGAAACUAGAUCGCUGACUUCAUCAUGAGUGCCUAUAUAAAAUACAUACUUUAUUGGAUAUGAAUUAAAAAAAAAAAUAAUGAUUGGUGUAUACUUAAGUGGCAGCCCUGAAGCAGAUCUAUUAAAUUACCUUUUCUGAUAAAAUCUCUAACCAAUCAUACAGAAGGCAGUGACUGUCUUGAUAUGUAUUAAAUAAUUAUAAAACAUGUUGUGACAUAUUUGGAUAUUUGAGACACAUAAUAUCCAGAUUUUAGAAGAAAACAUGUUAUUCGCAAAUACAACAAACGAGACUCUUUGAGUAGGCAGUACUUCACCCAAGCUUGUCCUACCAGCUAAUCGGUUGUUAAUGGAAUUUAAUUGCUUUUCUGAAAAAUAGUUCCCCCCGUUUAUGUUAAAUGUGACAGAAUUUACAGAUGCUCAUUUUCUUUCAAUUUGCCUGAAAAUGAUUAAUCUACUUUUUUCUUUUUCACAGAUUCUCAGGACCUAUCUUGUAGAACCACGCUUUGUCCUCAGGGAUAUGAGUGCACUAUGGAGAAUGGAAAGCCAAAUUGUAUCCCUCAGAAAGUGGAUGUGUGUGGGGCUUCAGGAGACCCUCAUCACACUACCUUUGAUGCACGUUACUUUGAUUUCAUGGGGACAUGUACAUAUACUCUGGUGAAUGUCACUAAAGAUGCUGAGAAGAGUCUUAAACGCUUUACAGUUCUGGCCAAAAAUGAUAAUCGAGGAAAUGUUGCUGUUUCCUAUGUGGCUCUGGUAACCUUCAAAACAAGCGGCUACACUAUCGAUAUCAAGAAAGGGGAAGUUGGCUCUGUGAGAGUGAGUACAAAGGCAGAAUCCAUACCUUUUACUGAAUUUCUGCUAUAUGCACACAAUAUAUUUAAAUAUUCCAUGUAAAAACAGUUUUUAUAUUUUAUUUAGCUGUCCUUAUAAUCAACCUUUUAUUAAUUCAUAGUUGGUUUCGAUAUUUAUUUCCUUAAAUUACUCUAAUUUUUUCCUGGCUUUCCUGUACAAACAUUUAUUUGUUUCUCCUAUCCUAAAUUCCUUUGAACAGGUCAAUAACGUAAUGUCCCUUCUGCCGGUGACCCUGAAUAGUGGAACUGAUUCUAUGAUAACAAUUUUCCAAAGUGGAAACACAGCAAUCAUCCAGUUCACGACUGCAGUCAGGAUAUCGUAUGAUUGGAAUAGCGUUGUGCGCAUUGAGCUCACAAGGAUUUAUUCAAAGAAUGUUGAAGGCAUGUGCGGGAAUUACAACCAGGAUCCAGAUGAUGACUUUCAAAUUCCUAGCGGCUCCCAGGCCCCCAAUGCUAUUGAGUUUGGAAAGAGUUGGAAGGUAAGACAUUUUUAUGACUGGAUUUAAAAUCUUGUUUAUCAGUAGUUUAAGAGUUCAAGUAUUUUAGUGCCAAGUAAAAUAAUAGAUUUAUGGAGCGGGCUCUAGAUGUUUCUGGGUUAUUUUGUCUCCUGGAUUGAUUCUUCAGAGACACUGCACUUGGAGAAGGUAUUGAAAUCUCAGUAGAAAAUCAAUCCUGGCCACCGGUUAUUAAAUCUAUUAUAGAAUACAAAAACCUAACGGCUGGUUACUAUGUCAGUGGUACUUUACUGGCAACAUCAGAAGAAAGGAAUGAGUGUUGUCAAAAUAUCAGAGUUGAGUGAAAAAUGAACAAAGCAGUGGGUGACUGCAGGCGGGUUCUUCCCCACCCCAACCCCCCGCUGUACAACUCACUUCUAGUUUUUCUUAUGAUUUUUCUUUUACUACCAGAUAUGUAUGUCAGGAGAAGAGCUGGAGAGACAGUAAUCACAUGUGUCUAUUUGCCCAGCUCCCAUCCCCACAUAUCCUCUAUCCUGGGCAGGUCAGAAUCAAGCUCCUCUCUCCACUUAUUAAUCCUAUUUGUCAUUGUAAGUUAAUAUGGAGGCGAAAGGACUCAUUCAGAUGAUCAUGGAGGUCACCACACUUAUUUACUUGGUACUGGCUGCUGACGUAUCGUCUCUGGCUGCAUAAUAAUGAGGAAGAAGACAUGCCCACCAUGCCUGGUCCCCAACAUGGAAUGAAACACAGCUGAUAAAUAUGGCACUGUUGCUCAAAAUGCAGAUGGCUAAAGCCAGCCUUCCCCUAAAAUACACACACAAUAGGCCACUAUUUAUGGGUAUAGAAACCUAAAAAAUAUCUAUCUAGCAAGGUAACCGUAUUUAAUUAAACAAAAUCAGAUUGCCCUCAUACCGAGCGAACAUAGAUGAAACCAUGUGAUUUUGUACAAGUGGAAAUGGUAUCAUGGGGUGGUUGUAACAUUUUAGUGGUGGGGGGUUACAGUCUGCACAUUAAGCAUUAGAACUGGGUGUGGGGGGAGGGGGCAGCAGCUGCCUGCAUUUCAUGGGUGGCCCUGAGGAUCCCCUAAUCCUCCAGCAUGAGGUGAGGGUGAAAAGCAGUACACACGUUAAUGGCGGCAGACUUUAAUCAUUACUUUAACAUUUCAUGAAUUCAUUUAUAUUGGUGUAAACUUUGUAUUUAUUACUCUUUCUGCCUGUAAAUAUUAAACAUGUUUGUUUACUCUGUGCUGGAUUACAGAGGUGCAUUUUAAGUGUGAGUUUAUAAAAAGGGUUUGUCUGCCUACAGUUUGAUAGUGUCCGUCAUUCUGUCAAUGACCAGAGAUGGGAACUGUUAGAGAGAUGUGCUAUUAAAAUAAACAAUAUAAAAUAAUUACAGUCAGUGUGAGACACAGAUCUGGGAGACUUUUUUUUUUUUUUUUUUUACAUGUUUUAUGUGUCUUUCUUUCUGGUCCUUCUAGGUGGACGAUGGCACGGAAUGCUGGGAUGACUGCAAUGGACCAUGUCUAACCUGCCUUGCCAAAUUGGCAGAGACAUUCAAAACAGACGACUAUUGUGGGAUACUUACCAAGAAAGACGGUCCCUUCAGCGAGUGCCAUGCUCUUGUGGAUCCCAGCAGAUACAUGGAUAACUGCGUGUACGAUGUGUGUUUAAAUGAUGGUGACAGGAAGCUUUUAUGUGAGGCAAUUAAGGACUAUGUGGACACCUGUCAGCGUGCUGGGGCGAAAAUCAGUGACUGGAGAAAGGUGGCCGGAUGUCGUAAGUGCUUAUAACAUAACAAUGCCAAAAUUAUACCAGACCUUUCAUUUAUAUGAUUUAGAGAGUCUUGCAGCAGCAGAUGGACCCCUGAGAUAUGUCCAUCUAUCUCUCAUUAAGGAGCAGGAAUGAUCUGUGUGCAUGGUUGUGAAGAUCAUUCCUUCUUUUUUACACGGUCAGUGUUGUUCACUAAAGUCCGAAUGGACUAUUUCUGAAUGGGACAAAACUAUUUACACAGCAAGUCGUGGGAGAAGUGAUACUUGCCUGUCAGAGCGCUCUGAUUGGUUGGUUUACAAGCCAUCCAAUCAGAGUGCUCUGAUGAGAAAGCAAAGAAUGGGGGCAGUGGCUGCCCAGUCAUUAGUUUCAAACAUUCCAGGCAGCUAGCUAGCAAGCGCUGAGCAGUGCCUCACAUAAUAAGCUCUUGCAGCGCUGAGGGUUGUUGAAUUAUUUGCCCUCUGGCUGCUAGGAUUGUCAGUGGGGAUAAUACUUCAGAUUAUCAGUCAUUGGCAAAACAGCAAGUGAAUAGUAAGGUGUGACUGUGCAUCCUGCUGGAUGCAUUCUGUUCAGAAUUUUUGUAAAACUGGUACUUUGUGAACAUCCAGAAACCUAUACCUUUGUGCAUAGGUAGAGGGUAUUGUGUCUGGGCAUAACCCAUACCCACCGCUAAACCCCAACCACAUUGCUUGCCCAAAAUAAUCAAACCACAGACUUACUUGGUGAAAAAAGGCCACGGCUUUAAUAAAUAUAUAAAUAUGUAUAAAUCUUUAAACUUCAACUUUAUAACAUAAAACAUCCUAUACAUAAUUUAGUCAUUAAAUAUAUUUGUCACUAAGUACCACCUUGCCAACCAAAAACAUUCAACAGGGAAGCUGCCCAACCCCCUCGUCCCAACCAGCACAAGGCCUUUCUGGGCCUUUCAUUCUCGUAAUGCUAACCACUAGCUGAUUAUUGGCUCAGUGGGCAUGUCUGUUAUCCAUAACUUACCUGAGGUUAGGGAAGUAAAAGCCCUUUCCAUCCACUUUCCACGGACAGCUGGUCCCACCCCCGGUUGACAAGGGCCACACACUGCCACGCUGUGAAAAUAAACAACACAGACAACAAACGCAAAUAAAGAAACAAACAAGGGGAGAGAGGGUGGGAAGCUGUUAUCAAGUGAUUAUGAAGAUGGCUGCUUAUACUGUAAAAUGUCCACCUAUCCCACCCCUUUACCCCUAAUCCUCCUCCCACCCUUCUAAAGAACUCCUUACCAUUCUAUCUAUACACUCCCCCUAGGCCUUGCCCGACUCCUCACGGUCUUGUAUAGGAUUCCGUUGCAAAUGCACUGGUUUUAAUCCAGACACCAAUUGCUGCAGAUUCGCUUGGCCAGACCAAAUUCUGACUAUAUUUGGCUUUAGUAAAUAUUGGAAUUGGCAUUGCAGUCAGAACUCCAGACAGACAAAAUCUGGUGUUUAGUAAAUCUGGUGAGAGAGAUGUUAAUUAUAUAUAUAUUUUUUCUUGCUUGCAUCCAGCCUUAGACUGCCCUGAGAACAGCAGAUAUGUGCUCUGCGGGAGGGAAUGUGCCCCAACGUGUCAAGAACAAGAAUCCUCCUUGUGUUCUAAGCUCUGUGUGGAGCAAUGUCAAUGUGAUCCAGGUUUUCUUCUGAUCGGAGGAAAGUGCUUAUCAAAAGAAAAUUGUGGUUGUUUCUUUAAUGGGCGUUCAUAUGCUCCCAACCAGUCAUUUUGGGGGGACGAUACCUGUACCCAGAAGUGUAUUUGCAAUGAAAAAAGCAAGGAGGUGGAGUGCAGUAGAGCAUCAUGCAGCGUUAGAGAAGAAUGCAGUGUAAGGGAUGGACUCCGAGACUGUUACCCCCCUAUCUUUGCAUGAGGAGAGUCUGUCCCUCUUUCACAGUGUCGCUGAAUUUAUAACUGAGCUUAUUACUCUGUCAGAGAGACUGUGAAGAAAAGAGUUGUUGGAAGAGUCAUAUCGACAGUGAUGGUGGCAAUAAUAAAGGGAAAACCUUCUCACUCCUGGGUAUUACACAAAAACAUAAAUGUAUCUAACUUUAUUUCUAUAUAAAAAUGAAGUAGAUUUAUUCCAUCAAAACAAAUAUACACAAAUAUAUAAACUCAGCUUAAUGUUACAAGGGAAGAAGUUCAGGGCAGAUCUUCCUUGUCUAGCUAGAACAAAAAGCAGAUGUGGCCAGUAAAAUGGCACCAAAACUCAAGAUAAGCCAUGUGACUUAUCAACACCAUCUGUCCUUUACUAACCCAGAGUGCCAAGUAAUGUAUGCCUUGAAUGUCAUAUUCUGCAAUUCCUUCUGUUUGUGGUUUGUCUUAAAACCAUAACACAUUGUCAGUGACCUAUUGAUUCACACAUAAUUCUUAUCAGAUUUGUAUCUCUGUCUGAGUAUAAAACAAGAUACAGUCACACUUUUCUAAUUUCAGAAUUCUUAGACGGAGGAGCUAACUUUCUUAAUGUCUCUUUUGCCAAAGUUGCCCUCUGUUUUAGUUUCUGUGAAAUUCAUGCAGGUAUACAUAUUUGUCUAAUUGUUACACUACAUAACUAUAUGAAGAAUAACGCAUAUAACAUAUAUACAAAUAACAAUAAGAAAUGGAUACAAAGUAAUAUUUACAACAAAAGAACUUGAAAUUAAUGACCAUUGAUGCUUUUUAUCUUUUAAUUUGCUUUAUUCAUUCAGAGAUAAAAUGUCUGCCUCAUUAAUUUCUUUCUGUAUCUGUAUAUAGAAUAAUGUUUUAUCUUUCCUAAUUUCAUCCACCCACUUUUUCAGUGGAAUUCCACUUGUUUGUGAAACAUUAAAUCCAUUAUUUGCUUUAAACUAUUAAAAAUAUUUACC